AUGUUUUCUUUAAAUGCAUCCCUAUUUCAACUAUCUUUUUCAUUCACCAGAUAACAAGUAAGCACAAAAGUUGAGUUUAACUCUGAAGUACGUACUUUAAACUCAAAAAUGGCAGACCUACUUUUUCUUGUUGUUGCUCUUGUUAUACUUCCGAUAUCUUCUCCGGUUCUUGCACUGAGCUUUAACCACUAUGGCCAAACCUGCCCUCAGCUCGAGCACGCAGUCACCGGCGCCGUCAAAAAAGCGAUGGAGAAUGAUAAAACAGUUCCGGCUGCACUACUUAGAAUGCACUUUCAUGAUUGUUUCAUCAGAGGUUGCGAUGGUUCCGUGUUACUGGAGUCAAAGGGACGGAACACAGCAGAAAAAGACGGGCCGCCGAACAUAUCAUUGCAUGGAUUUUAUGUUAUUGAGAAUGCGAAGAAAGCUGCGGAAGCUGAGUGUCCUGGGGUGGUCUCUUGCGCUGAUAUUUUGGCUCUCGCUGCGAGAGACGCAGUGGCACUGUCUGGAGGGCCCACUUGGGAUGUGCCUAAAGGAAGAAAAGAUGGAAGAAUUUCAAUGGCAAGUGACACCAGGCAAUUGCCAGGUCCCACCUUUAAUAUUUCUCAAUUACAGCUAAGCUUCUCUCAGAGAGGACUUUCACUCAAGGAUCUUGUGGCUCUCUCAGGGGGUCAUACUCUUGGAUUCUCCCACUGUUCAUCGUUCCAGAACAGAAUUCACAACUUCAAUUCAAAAGUUGACAUAGACCCGACAAUGAACCCAACAUUUGCAAGCAGUUUAAGGAAAGUAUGUCCUAUACACAACAAGGUUAAGAAUGCAGGUGCUACAUUAGAUUCUUCCGCAACCCUAUUCGACAAUUCUUACUAUAAACUUCUUCUCCAAGGCAGCAGCCUUUUCUCUUCGGAUCAAGCUUUGCUCAAUACACACAAAACAAAGAGUUUGGUUUCCAAAUUUGCUAGCUCUCGAGAAAAGUUCGAAAAGGCCUUUGUUAAGUCGAUGAUUAAGAUGAGUAGCAUUGGCGGUGGCGGUGGACAAGAGAUUAGGUUAGAUUGCAGGGUUGUUAAUUAAUUAAUUAGGUGAUUGCAUUGGUAAAUUAAAGUGAUUGUUACUGUUUAAAUUGUGAAUUUUAUUGUAUUCAUUCUUUUCUUGAAGUGAUAAAAGGAUGUGCUUCUGUUUUGCGGGAGCAAUUUCUGGAUGUUGAAGUGAAUGGCCAUGUGAUUGUAAGAUUCUUACUCGUGUAAUUGUUUUAUUGAAAUGAAAUUCUUUUGGUUGUUUUUUCUUUA